CAUGGAACAGACUAUGCUCAUGUACCUGGACUUUGAAUGAGAGGCUCUCGACUCUAUCGCUCUUUUUCCCCACGUGACGGGAUUUCCUAGAUGACGAGAACCCUGAGAGGGCCGCUAAUCAACACUCGCCAUUCUGAACUAAACGUUACUGCAUCUCCCGCACCGACGACUACCUCCUUGACCAUCCACCACACAUCACUCCCGUUUUACCACACACAAAAACCAAAAAAAUCCACCACCUGCAAACGACACGAUGGGUUACGAAGACUCCGUCUACCUCGCGAAGCUCGCCGAGCAAGCCGAGCGCUAUGAGGAAAUGGUCGAGAACAUGAAGGCCGUCGCCUCCGCCGACCAGGAGCUGUCCGUCGAGGAGCGAAAUCUGCUCUCGGUCGCCUACAAGAACGUCAUCGGUGCCCGCCGUGCCUCGUGGCGCAUUGUGACAUCCAUCGAGCAGAAGGAGGAGAGCAAGGGCAACGAGCAGCAGGUCACUCUCAUCAAGGAGUACCGCCAGAAGAUUGAGGCCGAGCUCGCGAAGAUCUGCGAGGACAUCCUCGAGGUUUUGGACAAGCACUUGAUUCCUUCGGCCCAGACCGGCGAGUCCAAGGUCUUCUACCACAAGAUGAAGGGUGACUACCACCGCUACCUCGCCGAGUUUGCCAUGGGCGACAAGCGCAAGGAGUCCGCCGACAAGUCCCUCGAAGCGUACCAGGCUGCCACCGAGGUUGCCGGCACCGAUCUCGCACCAACCCACCCCAUCCGUCUUGGACUCGCAUUGAACUUCUCGGUCUUCUACUACGAGAUCUUGAACUCCCCUGACAAGGCCUGCCAGAUGGCCAAGACCUCUUUCGACGAGGCUAUUGCUGAGCUCGACACCCUCUCCGAGGAGAGCUACAAGGAUUCCACCCUCAUCAUGCAGUUGCUCCGUGACAACCUGACCCUCUGGACUUCCUCCGAGGCCGAGCCAUCCGGUGAGCCAGCCGCUGCCGCCGCCGAGGGAGAGAGCAAGGACACCAGCGACGCACCAGCUGGCGAGGACGCCAAGCCCGCCCAGUAGAUUGGUUCAUGACAUCUUCCGAUACACACAUCUACGGCCUACGGUGGAAAGUGAUUAGCGAGGAGCAGGAGCUGGCGGGGCAUUCUCUUUUCAUUUUGGUCCGUAGAGGUUUGGGAAGGGCAGCGAUGAUGGAGAUGCUGCGACGGUAGUACCCCUUAUGCCGAACAGGCCAACACACCACACAACAACAAAAAAUUCCCCGAAAAAAAAAUUCGUCGUCGUCGUAUUUGGUCGACGUCCAUU